GCUUCUCGUUGAAGCACUUGCGCAAGUGAUUCGGGUCUGCGAAGCUGUCAGAAAUUACAAGCGACAAUGCCAAAGCCAGCCAAAUCAAAGCCUGCCGUCCAGGCGUCGGCACCCAGCAAGGAUGACCGUUUCGCCAGUUUUGAGAACAACCCUCGGUACAAGCUGCCUUCCAAGCUACGCAGCAAGACGACCGUGGACAAGCGAUUCUCGCGCAUGCUGAAGGACGACGACUUCACAGUCACGGCCAAAGUCGACAAGUAUGGGCGCAAGCUGAAGUCGGACAACAAGAAGAAGGCUCUACAGCGACUAUACAAGGACGAGGAUGAGGAUGAUGAGUCUGAGCAGGAGGUCGAAAAGGACGAUGUUGUGCAGCGCGAGCUAGAGAAGGCCAACAAGUCCUAUGAUCCAGCUCGUGGUGGCGGUUUCUCCUCAUCAGAGUCUGAGUCUGACUCGGAUGAAGAGGAGGAGGAGGCCGCGGAGGAAGAGGAAGUCGACACAUCAGCCAGCGUCAAUCGCCUGCGAGAUGCUCAAGCAGAUGUCGAGACAGGGGACGUGACGAGGAGGAUAGCCAUUGUCAAUCUCGACUGGGAUCACAUCAAGGCAUCGGAUCUUAUGGCCCUGUUCUCGAGCUUUGCGCCCAAGGGUGGCCGCAUCGAGAGGGUAUCGGUCUACCCCAGCGAGUUCGGAAAGGAGCGUAUGCAAAGAGAGGAGCUGGAGGGACCCCCAAGGGAGAUCUUCAGAAAGAAGCAGGACAGUGACGAGGACAAGUCUGAAUCGGAGUCCGAAAUCGACAGCGACGAGGACGAAGACGAGAAAAUCAAGAAUGACAUCAUCGAGGAAGGGGACGACCAAGAUUUCGACAGCGAUGCGCUUCGCUCAUACCAGCUGGACAGGCUACGAUACUACUAUGCGGUCAUGGUCUGCUCCGAUCCAGCUACAGCCGAGAAGAUCUACCAGGCGACGGACGGCACAGAAUACCAGACUUCGUCAAACUUCCUCGACCUGCGAUUUGUCCCAGAUGAUGUCGAUUUUGACGACGAGCCUCGAGAUGAGUGCAGGGAGAUGCCUUCCGACUAUAGGCCGACAGAAUUCGUCACCGACGCCCUCCAGCACUCCAAGGUAAAAUUGACGUGGGAUAUGCACCCAGAGGAAGCUGCGCGCAAGGAGGAUAUCAAGCGCGCCUUCACGGGUAGCCGAGCCGACUUGGAAGAGAACGACUUGAAGGCUUAUCUCGCCAGCGACAGCGAGGACGAAAUCGAGCCUCUGGACAAUGCAGAGGGUGGAGAAGAUGGGCAAUCUGGCCUCUCGAAAAAAGAGCUGAAAGCGCAGCGCAUGCGAGCUCUACUGGGUCUCGGCGCUGAAUCUUCCAGCAAGUCCUCAAAGUCCGCGCCCGUCGGAGACAUGGAGAUCACAUUCACACCAGGUCUCAUGGAUGAUGGGCCAAGCAAGAAGAAGAAGACAGACCCGGAGGCAGAGGAGACAACAAUCGAGAAGUACAAGAGGAAGGAGAAGGAGAGAAAAGCCCGCAAGAAGGAAAUGGCCGUGCAGAAGCGGAGCGGGGAGGCUGAGGCUGAGAGUGAUGAGGGCGGUCACCAGGAAGAGGCCGCGCAAGACGAUCUUGGCUUUGACGAUCCAUUCUUCACCACAGAUGGGCCCACAAAGCCAGCCACGAAAACAUCUCAGAGGAAGGAGGAACGCCUCAAGAAAAAGGAGGCCAAGGCCGCACAGGAUGCCGAGAAUGCUGCCCAACGCGAGAAGCUUGAACGGAUCAUGGCCGAGGACCGCGAUGACAAUGAUGAGCGCUUGGAUCACUUCAACAUCAAGGAGAUCGCGCGGGCUGAGAAGCUCAAGGGCAAGAAGUCCAAGAAGGGCAAGAAGGCUGCUGCGGCUGCAGCCAACGAGGACGGCCUGCAGGAUGCCUUCAAGAUGGAUGUGGCCGACGAUCGAUUCGGCGCAGUGUUUGGGGACCACAAGUUUGCCAUUGACCCUUCACAUCCACAGUUCAAGGCCACUCCUGGCAUGAAGCAAUUGUUGGAAGAGGGACGGAAGAAGCGCAAGAACGACGAGCAUGAUGCUCCUGCCGAGGUCGUACGUGACGACGACCGCUCAUCGAAAAAGAAGAAGCAGAAGACGACCGGGGAGAAGAACGAUGACCUCGCCUCACUUGUCGAGUCCGUCAGGCGCAAAGCCAACAGCAAGAAGUAGUCUGCGACUUGAUUAUAGCAUCUACAGAUACCAAUGUGUAAACACUUUGACAAUCUAUCACUUCUCCAUGGGGAAAA